GUAAUUCAUCUUUGUCUAUGUCUUUCUCUGAGCUGAAUUAAAGGGCGCUGCUGGUAGUAAAAAUGGAGGCAGAAAAGGGAUGGAUGUACAACUCUGAAACAGUAGCCAAAAUUCAGCUAUUUUUUGGAUUAGAAUGUGUUCCCGUUGCAGAUAUACAGGAUGAACCGCCACAACCAAACAGUAAUAACAAAAAACCUCACAAUGGUCAGUCAAACGGAGUAACUCACAGGCCUGUUUCACCGCAGCAUGAUGUCAGCAGUCAGUCCUUGCAAGGACCGGGAAGUUCCGGGGAGAGUCGACGGCUUGGUGACCCCAACGCAACUGUGUCGGCGGCUCCUGUUGAAUAUCGAGUGCACAACAAAUUUUGGCAUUACCUCUUCGCCUUUGGCGCCGCUUUAGGAGAUGAUAUUUUUUACUACACUGUCUUUCCCUUCUGGUUCUUCAAUAUAUCACCAUGGGUUAUUCGCAGAGUGAUUCUUAUGUGGGGACUAUUGAUGUAUGUUGGACAAGCGAGCAAAGAGAUCAUCAGGUGGCCACGCCCUCUUUCACCACCGGUUGCUCCUCUGGAGAGACGAUACUACCAAGAAUACGGGAUGCCUUCCACUCAUGCCAUGGUGGGAACCUUGGUGCCGUUCACAGUCUUAAUUGUCACAUGGGGCAAAGUUGAGUAUCCAAAAGAGGUUGGAGUUUUAUUAGCCAUUUCCUACACCCUGCUUGUGUGUAUGAGUCGACUGUACAAGGGCAUGCAUUAUAUUCUGGAUAUCUUUGGUGGCAUAUUUAUCACUGCCCUCUUGAUGGCCAUCGUAUUCCAAUUCUUGGAGCCGUUAGAUACAUUCCUCAUCACUCAUCCCUAUGCGCCUCUAUUCUCCAUGGCAACAGCCUUCUUUCUCAGCAUCAUCUACCCCACCCAGGAUGGUUGGAGUAGCACCCGGGCCGAUACCAUUGUCAUCAUGGGGGUAACAACGGGCAUCUACUCCUCCUUGUGGCUGUGCCAUCAGCAAGGCAUCCCUCCCAUGUAUGACGAGCUACCAUCCCCGCAUAUCAAAUGGCCAGGCCCAUACAGCAUCCUCCUCAUGCUGUGUCGACAGGUGAUUGGGUUAGCACUGAUGGGUCUUUCACACGUCACAUUCAAAACGAUCAUCCUUGGAAUCCUCUCAGCCAUCAACGGGGAGAAGAUAACGGAGGAGACGAAGAAGCAAACGUGGAUUGAGAUCCCAUAUAAAUACAUCACUUAUUUUGCGAUAUGCGUGGCAUUAAACUAUCUGUCACCCUUAGUCUUUGAAAAGGUUGGUUUGUAAUAAACCUCAUUACCAUGUAUUAGAUUGUGACCAACCACAAUUUAGGAGUUUCAAAAUACAUGUAUGUUUGGGAUGGCUGGGGCAUUUUAUUAUUCGUUGUAUGUCCCAUCUUAUUCAAGUCAGUAGUCAAUUAUAAUUCUUAUCAAACUUGAAUUUUUGUAUCUUAUGCUGCAUGCAAUAACUAAAAUCAUCUUACUAGUUUUUAUGCAGUAAUGUUUUUUCGAGCUAAACAGAAAAAAAGUGCUACAUUGUAUACUUUGUAUGCAGAUCUGAUAAUCAUCUGUUAAAUUUGAUGGAAUUAAUAAUAAUAAUAAUGAUACUUAUAAUGAUGAUUGGAUUGAUGUAGCACCUUUCCAGAGGUUGAAAGGAAUUACAUCUAUCUUUGGGAAUUAAUAUCAUGAGAGCAUGCAAUUUUUUUUUCAAGAUAAUCCUGAAAGUAUCCUGGGAGAAUGGUCUGGGAAGAGGAAAGCUAUUUUGUAGGUUAAAAGUAUGCAUCAAUAUAUAACUUUCCUUGUCGGCAGCCUUGCUAGGAAGAAUUUGCCCAAUUUGUUUCCCAUCAGUUUGAGUUCUUAUGAGCUUUGGAGUGGCUUGCAUCAGGUUAUCUGCCUUUGUGGAAGGGGAUACUUGUAUGUUUGUUGUAUGGAGUUUUGUGUGGCAAUAAUUGUGUAGCCUGGUUCUGCAAGAGAUAAUCUAAAUGACUGUCGCAUUAUUUAAUCCCAGCGUUCAUUUAUUGUCCAUGUGAAAUGUGGCCAGAAUGCAAACCAAAUUUGCACAUUGUAGUAUUCUGUGAUAUAGAGCAAUAUCAUUUUCAUGAAAAGACUUCAUCUUUAUCAUGAAAUAGAUUAUGAAUACAUUUAUUUUGUUCACCCAUAUCUGUUUUGGAUAAAAUAUGACAAAUAGCAAUAUACAUGUACCAUUGUUAAAUACUACGCAACUCUGGAUUGAGAAGCUAUACAGACAUAAAGGAGCUGCUACUGCUAUGGUAGUCUAUGAUUUCAUGUACCUGUAUAAUUUCUAACAAGACAUCAUACUACUCUGUGCUGACUCUUUGAUAAAUUCUUUAAGACAAUUUAGAAAUAUGUCUAUAUGUACAUCUACUUGGCAAAGGUUAAUUAAUUGUACAAGACACAAUACUGCCAAGUGAUAAAACUCUGUUAUCAGGAAAGUAAACAAAUUCAUCUGAUAAAAAGUUUGAAUAGGGUUCAGCGUACCUCUAUGUUCUUGUUUGUGUAGCUUAAAGAUAUAGCAAAACUAUGUAUAUUCUUUUGUACAAGGAUGUACAAUUGUACAUGAGUUAAAGGUAAUGAGCAUGUUAUGUAGCUUAAAAUGUACCAUGGGAGUGUAUCUAAAGUGCAAUAUCUCUUGGUAGAAGAAAUAUUUGAAGCUCACUUUGACCGGUAUUAUUUUGCCUAUGUUUUCAUGUUAGAGAACACUGGAUCUGUCUGUAAAGUCUCUAUCAGCAAAACUAGCAAUUCCUUUUCUUGCUCUUUGUACAGGGCAAGUAUUUUUUUUUGGAGCGGUUUUAAAUGCGUUUAUAGUUUUCAACUAUGUAGAAUAUUUAUAUUGGCUCUGGUCUGAUUCAAAGUUGUUUUUCUCUACUUUGUACAUGAUUUCCAGUGAGACCAUAUACUGUUCAACUCUUAUCGAAAUUCAAAUAUUAAGCCAUGGUACAUAAGUUUUACUACUUGCAGUAUGUUGUAGUUAUAGGAGUUCUAUUUUCUAGAAAAAGAUUCCAAACAUGUGACUGUAAUAAAUUUCUCUAACAUCAUGAUGGUCAUGGUAUGAUACUUCCGAGAGUUGUAUGCAGUCAUUGCAGUGUAGACCAAAAAUCAGUCUUAUCUUGUUCAGGGAUGUGGUAUGCAGAGGCUACAAAAGUAUAUUCUUUAAAAUAUGUUCUAAGACUCCUCUAAACAAGUGGACUUUUUCUGUCUACAGUGAAACCACAAACUUCACGUGAAACGUUUGUGAAUCUUGAGAGUAGUUCAGAUUUGUGAAAAUUUCAUGCCACAUCACUUUUUGCAAUUCUCGAAAGUUUCAUGACUUGAUAAAGGUCAAGUUUUAUGUUACAUUUCUCAUCUUUGUGAAUGAUUUCCAACUGGACCAGAUUUAUUGGAUGUACAGACUUGGGUUUUAUUUCUGAAUAUUUAGAGUGGUACAUGAUGACCAACUUACAAAUGAGGUCUGAUAAUACCAUUUGUAUUUUUGUAUUAAAUAUAAAAAAAAUUCAUUCACAAAGAACAUUAAUAUUCUGUAUUGCAAUACAUAGUUAUAAUGAUAAUUACAAUUAAUAUAGGUUUGAACUACUCUUUCAUAAUCUUCAUUUUAUCAUUUUGUAUGUUUUCUUUUGAUUGGUGCGGUUAUUAAGAUUUAAUUGCAGAAUAAAUAAAUUGAUAUAUUUAUCAAAA